CUGCCGCAGCCGCCGCCGCUGCUGCGGCUGCCGCCGCUUCCUCCACCGCCAACGCCACCGCUACCUCCAGCCCUGCGGCUAGGGACGUCAAGGGCACCACAACGAGCAGCGCGUUGCCGACGGCGCCGCGGCAGGCGCUUCUGGGCGCGCGAUGCGGCAGCGUGCGCGCCGCCAUCCAGAUCUUCGAGAGCGGCGGCUCGGCCACGGCGGUCCGCACCAGCGCAGGCCCCGCCC